GCCGCGUCUCUGUUGUAUUCUCUGCUGCCACCUGUGUUGGCGUCGAUAAAUAAAAACCAUGUUUCGUAUAGUUUUGAAAGAACGAGUGAAAGCAGGUUUGGGAGAACGCGAGAAAUACUGUGGAACUGGAGCCAAGGACGAGUGUUUCGGCAACUUUUUCGAGUUACAUAACUAAUGCCUUUUAGCCCGAGCUUUCAUACAGUGUCUUCUACUUUAUUUUACAGGGAUGUUCCCUUUUCCUCAUACACACUGGUUCUUGGCGGCUUGGAAUGCUAUGGCAGUAGACCAACAUGUCGAGAAACCCGAACUGGAAAAAUUCGCAGACGAAGGUGCAGAAGAAAGUGGAACUGAAGGCAGAGCCGAGGGGGUGCAGUCGAAGAGACUGGUGAAAAAGCAAGAAAGCAGAGAAAUCUGUAACCAUAAAAGGACAAUUACAGCAGAGGAGCUGGCCAACGCUCAAGAAAUCACCGAUCUGGUAGAUCGAAUGGCUGCAGACUCUCGACCUUCACCUGAGGAGCUGGACGGCAUGGAAGAAUCAAAUGAGGAGGAAGACGAGAUGCCCAGCGAUCAAGAAAUCAUUGAUCUGGUAGAUCAAAUGUCAGACCAGAGUAGCUCCUCAUUUGAAGAGUUGAACGGCAUAGAGGGAUCAAAUGAGGCAGAAGUCGAGGAGCCCAACGAUCAAGAAAUCAUCGAUCUGGUAGAUCAAAUGUCAGACCAGAAUAGCUCUUCAAGUGAGGAGCUGGACGGCAAGGAACGAUCAAAAGAUGAAGAAGACGAGAUGCCCAGCGAUCAAGAAAUUAUCGAUGUAGUGGAUCAAAUGUCAGACUGAAGAGUUGGGCGACACGGAGGAAUCAAAUGAGGAAGAUUAAUCAGACGAUGCUUCCACUCCAACGGAGAAAAGCGCAACUACGGCUGAUCCAGAGGGCUCAUCUAAUUAUGGGAAUGAGUACGCAGCUUCACUUUGCUUGAACCCAAUCUCCACUAGGGAGAUGACAUCACUGACAGGGUUUAAGUAACGAUGACGAACUCUCACGUGCUCACGUGUUAUGUUUGAAAACGUCGCUGUGAAGAACUCUCACGGAGGAUUGAUCUAGCGUAGCCAACUUCAUCAAUUAAAGGAAACUUAUGUUAAUACAUACUAAGAAUAACAAGCUAGUCAGCCACACCUUUUUUUUUUCUUUACAUGCGAGAGUUUGGCUGUUAUAUUUUGUUCGGAGCAUCUCGAAACGAAGGAAAUCACUAUGAAACUACUAAAGAUAAUUAAACAUACAUUCACGAAUACAACUUUCAGUAAAUAAAAUUGGACAAGAUUUUGCUUACCAUGCAUGCAAUAUCAAUAAUUUCGAUGCCAUCGAAAAUGGCGCAGGCUGACUUGAGUCCUUCAAAAACGGCAUAAAUGACGUGCUUAUUACGACAGCUACACAUGUCGUACUGUUUAUGUGUGGCCAGAACCACAGCUCAACAGUCUCUUAUUGGAGACAGUGUUUGUUUUGCAAACGUUGGACUCUCUUAGCUUUCUUAAAGAAAGAUAACGUAAUCUUGUAUUGUGAGAUUUUGGUUAGAGUUAAUUCGCCUGACUGGCUUUCAAAGCCUGUCUGGUCAAAAAUAGUCAACCGUAUCACUCCCAGGGUCAGUAAAUACAUGCUGUACUCUGCACAUAACCUAAGCUGUGUGCGAUCAUUCAAAUGAAAGCUAUCGAUCAAAAUUUUUCGUGUAUAAUAGAACAAAAUAGCCGGUUUGCAUAACCAAAGCUGAUCCCCCACCCCCAACUUUGAAUGAAGAAGGAAUUGUAUUUCAUAUGAAGCGAUAUAUAUUUUGUGCGUGUAGCUACAUUGUAAAAUAAUUUUCAUGAGUUUGCGGCAGAUUUUUAUGAAACUUUGUAUAUUACUCAAUUCGGCAUGAAAAAUCGAGCGAUGGCUGGUUUGUUUUUUUGUUUGAAUAAAAAAAGUGGGAAAAUGUUGUA